CGGCCGGCGACUGUGCCAACCAUCUGGGCAACGCUCGCAGUACAAGAAUCUGACAGUUGCCCGAUUACAUUCGAGAUCGCAUUGCAGACGUUGCCCGAUCACAUGUGAUCCCACCUUGCAAAGUGCGACGUCAAUCCCAAGAAGCACCUUUGCAAGUGCCAGCCCACAGCAAAUAAGGGAAAUGGGAUUCGACGAAGAAAAGGCAGUGCCUCAUGGCGCCCCGCAGGAGAUUUUCGAAGACCAGACUCCGCGACCUCAACGCCCAUUGACGGCAGCGGAGAAGCUUGAGGCGACCCGCAUCGACAUCAAUCCUCGCCGCUCAUCCAGCGAAGGCGACAGCUCUGCUCCAGAAUGGCAAGAAGUUCAAGAGGAGCGGGGCAUCCUGGCCCGCCUGCGUGCAUUCGAGGCGCUGAUGGAUAGGAAACUCGGCGUCGAGUCUGAGGCCAUCGUGCGCAAGCUUCCCGAGGAGCGCCAGCCUGUCUCAUGGGCUGCCAAGCUGAGCAUGUUCUGUCUAUGGGCCAGUGGAACGAUGAACUUGAGCUGCUUCGCGACAGGGUUCCUAGGCUGGAAGUUCGGCCUGACCCUCACGCAGAGCAUCUUAAUCAUUGUCUUUGCGUCGCUGUUGGGUGGUGCUGUGAGCGGCUUCUGCGCGACAAUGGGUCCGCAGACUGGCCUGCGACAAAUCUCUAUUGGCCGCUUCAGCAUGGGAUGGUACCCCAAUAAGAUCGUAGCGCUCCUGAACACUAUUCAGCAGAUCGGCUGGAGCUCGGUCGGCUGCAUUACGGGUGGUCUGGCACUGACUGCCGUGUCUGACGGGUCGAUAUCAAUCGCGGUAGGUAUCAUCGUCAUUGCAGUGUGUUCAACGACCAUCAGUGUUGUUGGACUGCGCGCCAUUCUGGUGUACGAACGAUACGCUUGGCUUGUUUACCUUGUCAUCUUCUUGGUCAUUUACGGCCAGACUGGUCGAUACGCCAACGAUGCGGUCAUGGACGAGUCGGCUCGUAUCACUGGCGCAACCCUUAGCGGGACCAUUUUGAGCCUGUUCGCGAUCGUGUACGGAUCAUCUGCCAGCUGGGCAACCAUUGCAUCCGACUACUAUGCACAUUACCCAGUCAAAGAGAAUCGCACCAAGAUCUUCAUCAUGACGGCACUGGGUAUCGCGUUACCCACCAGUUUCGCUAUGGUGGCUGGGGCUGUCGUAGCUUCUACGCUCAACACUCGUAUAGAUCUGGCUCAAGUAUAUGGCGAACAGGGCUUAGGCUUUUUGGUUCAGGAGAUGCUUUAUCCCCUUGGAUUCGCGAAACUCAUUCUCGUUCUCCUGGUCUUGUCCGGCAUCAACAUGAACAUCAUCAACACCUACUCCGCCGCAAUCUCCUGCCAGCAAUUCGCGCGUCCCUGCGCGCAGGUACCACGCUUCCUCUGGACGCUUCUUUGCUUCGGUGUCAUCAUCGCCUUGGCACUUGCCGGCCGUAAUGACCUGCUGACCUACCUGGAGAACUUUCUCGCACUUCUGGGAUAUUGGUGCACGUCCUACUUCGUGAUCGUCUUCACCGAGCACUAUUUGUUCCGACGAGCCGACUUUGGCAAUUACGAUCUUGACGGCUGGAACGAUCCUGCACGCCUGCCCAGGGGCUAUGCUGCGUUUGCUGCAUUCUCUCUCGGGGUCAUUGCCUGGGUCAUGGGCAUGGUUCAAUCAUGGUACGUUGGACCAUUGGGCGGACUCAUUGGUGAUUUCGGCGGUGACGUCGCCAAUCAGAUGACUUUCGUCGUCACGCUUUUGACGUACAUACCUGCGCGAUAUUUCGAGCUUUCUUACCUUGGUCGAUGACAUGUGGAAUGACCCUUUUACGUAGCAUAUGCGAAUGAAAUUUUAUGACUUCCAACUCCG